AUGCGUACGCGACUGAAGCUAGGAGCACUGUUGCUACAACUACUCGCAUUCUGUGGUCAUGACUCCGAGAGUUGUCGUGAGUUUCGAAACGUGAUCGAGGUAAGCGCGUCGCUGAAACGACGCGUGGUCGAGCUGAAAAAAGCUGGCAACCUAUAUGAAGUGUUUCUUGGUCCUGAGUCUGGUCUCGAACAUCUGGCCCAUGCAGGACUAAAUUUUGUUGUGACCAAGAAAACGGAGCGAAUGUUCGUGCCUUGGAAGAAUCACACAGAGGAGGGAAUCGCUGUGUCUGCUCAGCUCGAAACUAACUACGCUCGGAUGGCGAUUGAACGUCAGGCGGAAUGGGGCUGA